UUUUUUUUCUCCCUCAUCUCCCUCCCUCUCCCCACGGCUCCCCCCUCGAAAAGUCUCUCAAGUUAAAACUGCGUGUAGUUGUUUGUUUGCGCCCCUCUCGCGGCUCGUUCAGGUUUCGCGUGGUUCCCCAAACACCCACGCGCCUCUGGAUAAAUAUUUUAACUUGUCUGGCCGCGUGAACUUUGCCUGCCCCUGCCGUUUCCACCUGCGUGCUCUCGCAACGUUUCCCGACAACUUCUUAAUUGGACGUUUUCGCCCCCUCCGCGUUUCAAGUUUGUGUUCGGUGUGUUGUGUGACCGUGGCGGGGGAAGGCAGACGGGAGGAACAUCGUGCCUACUUUUCCUCCUCCCCGUGUCGACAUAACCAGCAAAACAUGGCCGUCCUUUGCCGACAUGUUGUUACGUCGAUGGCGAGAGGGGGAACAUUUGGGGAGAGUAUUUUUUUUCCCUCCCUGCGCCCCUCUGUCACGUUUUUGGGCUGGCCAGAGGAAACAACCGUUGGGACUCCUUACCAGCGGCGUGCACCAGCUCGCAUUCAGGCGUGCUGAGGUUUGAGUGUAACUUUUGGAGUCCGACGUUGUUUAUAGACUUUGAUUCGUGCGUCUCUGCGAUGUAGGCGUAACGUUACCCCUGGUGAUGCCUCCUCCCCUCCCGAGACCGCGGUUCUUACUGCAGGCAGGCAGUGCUGUUGCAGUGGGUCUGAAACUGCUGUAAAAGCCAGGCGUGGUUCUUUUAUUAAUAAUAUGAAGUUCGGUCAUGAGGCCCGUGGCCCAAACUGUGAGCAGCCUCUGUAGCACUCAGCUGGGGUCAGUGCUCUACAUCCACCAGUACGUUUUUGGAGGUAGCGUCCUAUCAUGCAGUUCGAGGAGGUCAGCCAGCACUGGAGCUGACACUGUCAGUGUGCCCAGCCUACAUGACACUACAGGAGUCCCAUCUCUGCCAGACUUUUACCGCCUACUGUCCUCCUCCUUCCUUGAGCCAAUAAUUUUACUCUGGGGGUUGAGUGUUCCUCAGACUCCUUGGCUUCUGAUCUCAGUCUCACAAGUUGUCCGGUCCUUGCUACCUCGGGAUCUAUAUCUGUAUUCCUCUAGUAGGCAGUCCUCCUGACUGCACUUCAGCACCUUAAGACUAUCUUUGCAUACAAGUCCUGCAUCCUGGAACUUCAGCCAUAGCCUCCUUUAUAGCAUCCCUGGCCAAACACAAGCACCGGGACAAACCCAUCCACCACCAUGUCCAGUCGACGCAAGGCCUCCACUCCCUGUAUGAUCCGACCAGAGCAGACAAUGGUGGAGAUGGAUGAUGAAGCAGAGGACUCUCAGAACAUGGAGACAACAACAGAGAACCAUACCCAAGGGGUGCCUAUGGAUAGCAGUUCAACACAACCUGAGCAAUCCAUGGACUUGGAUGUAAUGGAAAAGGCCUCUGACCCUCCUUUGGCUCCUGACAAACCAGCAGCUGAGCCACCAGACGUUUCUAAGCCUCAGCGCAGACAGCAGGGGGGAUAUGAGUGCAAAUACUGCCCCUUUUCUACCCAGAAUCUGAAUACUUUCAAAGAACACGUAGAUGCAAACCACCCAAAUGUCAUCCUUAACCCCCUGUACCUGUGUGCUGUCUGCAACUUCAACACAAAAAAGUUUGACACCCUGACAGAACACAACGAGAGGUGUCACCCAGGAGAGAGCAACUUUAAAUUUAAACGCAUAAAAAUGAACAACCAGACAAUCUUAGAACAGACGAUAGAGGGGUGCAGCAACAACGCUGUCAUUUACAACACUUCUGGUGCCAUUUCUGCCAAAGGGGACGAACUCGGCACUGUGCCACUGAGCAAACCCACCACAGUCAAAAUCGGUAAACCAAAAAUAAUGACAUCGGAUAACAAACGGACAGACUCCCAGUUGGGAAAAAUAACUGCGGAUCUCACCAAGAAACCAAUCACAGCUGUCAAUGUGAAUGGUACGGUCAUCAUCCCGGAGUCGACUCUCCUUAAAGCAGACGGCCUUUCUCACAUCAUGCCUUCCCUGCAGCGGCCUCUAAACUAUACCCAGGUGCCGAAGAUUGCAGUGCCCCUCAACACAACCAAAUACAACCCCACACUGGACGACAACCUGACGUUGAUCUCGUCCUUCAACAAGUUCCCCUACCCAACACAGGCUGAGCUCUCGUGGCUCACCGCAGCAUCAAAACAUCCAGAGGAGCAGAUCAAAGUCUGGUUCACCACGCAGCGGCUCAAACAGGGUAUCAGCUGGUCACCUGAGGAGGUGGAAGAAGCCAGGAAGAAAAUGUUCAAUGGUACGAUAUCCUCCGUGCCUCAGACUUUCACCGUGGUUACUCCUCAGCUCAACUCCCAAUCCUCUACCAACCAGUCCACCUCAAGCACGCCCUCCAAACCCAUGCAGCCAGCAGCCUCUGUCCUGCAGUCCCUGCCCUGUCAGCUCCUGGGACAGACCAGCCUUGUGCUGACUCCUGUAGCCAAUGGCUCUACUGUUACUUGUGCACCACUGGCACUCACAGUGGCUAACCAGGUGGCGCAGUCGCUCAAACGACCCUUAGCCUCUCCUGCGGUUGCUACAGAGAGUAAACGGCCCUCCAUCAUUCAGACCAUCUCUGCCCCGAUGGCCACAUCCAAGCUGGCAUCACCUAAAGUGCUGAGUUUCACCGUUGACCCCAAUAAAACGUCAGAGCAGCUGUCUGUGCUGAGGUCCAGUUACACACAGUGCCCUUUCCCUGAGGAAGAUGAGAUUUACAGGCUGAUAGAGACCACCGGGUUAUCCAGAGGAGAGAUAAAGAAGUGGUUCAGUGAGCAAAGACUCCUCAAUCUCAAAGGUGUUCCUCCUCCACCUGUGCUGGUCAAAGCAGAGGUAACACCACUUCCUAAAGAUGGCCCAGUAAAGAAAGCGGUCCCCAGCCAGUUUCCACUGUUAGAGAGGGUGAAGGGGAAGUCGUCGGGGCAGCUGAAGGCGCUGGAGGAGAGUUUCCAGAAAAGUAGCUCUCCAACAGAGGCAGAGCUAGAUCAGCUGGCCCAGGAGACCAGGUUGUCCAAGACAGAGGUGGACUGCUGGUUUUCGGAGCGCAGGGCACUGAGGGACAACAUGGAGAAGACUUUACUCACGAUGGCUUCGAAGAACACGGAGGACAGAAUAGAGCGUCCGGGUGUGCUGCUUAAUGGGGCUUCUCAUCGAGAGCAGGACGGGAAGCCUCUCCGCUCAUCUCCGCAUCCACCUGUCCUUUCCUCCUCCUCGUCUUCCUCCCCUCCUGUGCUUGCCGCUUCCUCCCCUCGGCCUCCGACCCAUCCCUCCUCUGGAUCUCCUCCCAUCCUCACGUCAUCCUGCUCCUCUUCUCCACAUCCUCCCAUCCUGUCAGCCUCCACGAGCCCGGCUCCCAUCAGCAGCCGCUCCCUCGCCCUCCUCAGGGAGACGUUUUGUCGGACCCAGUGGCCGUCUCCUGAGGAGUACAGUCAGCUGGAGGUGCAAACAAGUCUUGGACGCACUGACAUUGUACGCUGGUUCAAGGACCACCGUUCUGCACUGAAGAACGGCGAAACUCUCGACUGGAUGGAAGGUUUCCAAGGUGUUGCAGAGAAGCAGAAAGCAAGCCAGGAACAGAACGGUCAGAGUUCUGAGAAGAAUGAGUGCGUUUCCUUGGAAGUCAAGGCUGUAAAAGUGGACGAGGCUGUUGAGAAAGUGUCUACUCCAGAGCAGUCCAAACAGUCAGAACAGGACAAAGUCCAGCGGUUGGCAGACAGACUGGCCGAUGGUGUGACCGACCUGAGCCGAACGAGGCCUGACCAGAACAGCUCAAAUGCCACUGAAAAAGGAAGGUGGGUAAAGGUGACCUUGGCUGUGGGGGAGGAUGGUGAAGGAGGAGCGGAAAAACAAAGGUUGGCAACUGACACGGACAUUCUGACCUUGGAGCAACCGGGGAGGGUCACUGGUUGAUGUACAUCACUGACUGCUGAGUCACCGACCACCAUGAGAUGACCAAACAUGGAAGCAGUGAUGUCAUUGUCUGCCUGUGAUGUCAUCCCAACAUCCUGGGGGACUGUGGAGUUGCACCGUUAAAGCACUUGAUGGAAGCGUAGACCCUGACAUUUAGAGGAGUGCCAAAGCUGGACUUGAUGCAUUGCUCUUACUACAGUGCUCGCUCUCUUUGUUUUUUUGUUUUGUUUUUUUAAGAAAAAAAAAAAAGAGCCUUGUAAAUAUUUUCUGUAUUACUAGAGUUUGUACAGUUUUCCUGAGAAAGCUUUUUUUUUUUUUUAAGAAAAAGGCUGACUGUUGUCCCCAAAACCUGGAAUGUUCGGUUUGGUUUUGUUCUUUGAGAUCAAACUGUAUGAUAUAGUCUGUCAUUUGAUGAAGAUCAGACGUAUUUUUUGAAAAUCACUACUCAUUAUGAGUAGACUUUGAUGGCACUUGCAUAUUUCCCUGUGGUAGUGAUAGAUAUUGUCAUGGCCGCCUGAAUGGAAAUUGUUAGGAACUUUUGUAACUUUUUGCUUGUCUCCUGCACCUUAACUCGCCCUCUGUAGAAUUACAGUAGAGAAGAUGGAAAUCACUCAGAAGUGCCAGAGAGAAGGAAGUAGAAGGAGUGAUGGUAUUUUUUUUGUUUGUUUUUUCUUUCGGGCAAACUGAACACAGCUACAGCUUCACCGCUGAGAGACCAGAGAAUGAACACAAACAGCCACAGACCAAGACUAACCGCAUUAGGGUGGAUGCAUGAACGCACCGUACAUCCUAAACUCUGUUAUCUUUCCUCAUCGGCUCGCUCCUGCGUCAGAACCCGAGGCAUGUCCAAGACACUGAAACAGUACAGAAUGUUCACGUUCCUGAUUAACUCCACUGAGCGGAGAGCGGAGUGUCUGUUCGAUCGCACCGCGCUGCCUUUUCAGCUCUCUUAUCAGAUGUUUCCCGUCGGCCUCAGAAGUGGGCAGAGCACAGCCGGGCUGAGGAUUUCAGCUUAUCGGUCCAGUGUUUUUAAAAACUUGCCUGAAAACGCCAAAAGCAUAUUUUUGAGAACCUUUUAAUGCAUGGCACACAAUAAUCAAAGCUCCUUUAUUUGAGCCGUGUCAGGUAUCCACUUUGCUCAGCUGUGAUCUGUGAGCACACUGCUGGUGUCUACGUAGGUUCUUCUGAUCAAAGCCGUAUCGGGUUCAGCUGAUUUCUGUACAGACAGACAUUUGGAAUGUCACAGCACCCAAAGCUGUCAUGAAAUACUUGCAUGUACUUCAACUUUUUUUUUCUUACUCAUUUUCAAGAAUGAUUAAAAGGAAUAUUUAAUAAUAAAUAUUAAAUAUUUGUGGAGUCAAAGAAAGUUCUGUUAACCCUCGGUUUAACAGCAGGUGUAUGGCUGCGCGCUGGCUGAAUGUCUGUUGCUGCUGCUGCUACUGCUUUAGUUUCACUUUCAGUUAUGUAUCUGGGAUACUGUAAUUUUGUUUUUGUUUUUUUUUUUUUUGCUAGUAUGAAAUACAGCUUGUAUUUUCAUUUUCUACUUACAGUCUGCUGUAACUCAAUAAAAACACAACCAACUAUAAA